GUCCAGGGGCGGUAGGCGGCAUUCGGGCUCCCUGCCGAGGGCGGCUGUGGUUGCUGUCGCACAACGUACGUGAGGGGAGACAGACAAGACAAGACAAGACAGACACCUACAGAGAGAGCGGCGCGGUGAGUGGGGUCUUGACUUUUCUUGGAUGCGAUACAGACACGAGCGCUGCUGAGGCAGCCACCCCAACAUCAACAGCAACACCGACAAUGGCCAAGGAAGCCCCACCGACUGAGGUACGGUGGACGCACUCUCCACCAUAAUCCAAUUCCCGAUCUCUCUUCCUUUGAUUUGAGCCAAUGCACACCCGCUUUGCUUUGCAUGGCGGGUGUUCACUUCAGGCCGUUGAGUCCGUCCUUACCCACGACGCCCCCCACUGUGCUGGUUCGGACGAGUGCGAUGACGACGAGCGGUCAGAGCUGGGCGGGGAGGGGGAGGUGGCCGUGGGGGACGAUGCCCGCGCCCACGCCGCCAGUCAAUUUUCGAUUGACGACAAGGGAGAGGGAGAAGGCGAAAGAGACAAUGGACGUCGGCCCUCGAGGACGUACGCGUCUGAGGAUGCGGCUGUGAUGGAGGCCAGGCGGCGCAGCCUGGCAGAGAAAAUGAAACACAGCGGCAUCACGGACGUGUAAGCCAGUGGAUGGGAUGCCAGCCAUACGAGGGGAGACACACACUUACGGCAUUAAGGGAUGGACUGUGUGUGUUACUUACAGGUUCGACCCCACUCCCAUCGAGCGAGCGCCGUCUUGCCCCUUCGAGACGGCUGUCAGAACCGCCACCGACCUGCGGCCGCUGCUGCUCAAGUACAGCCAGCACCAUCGAUCGACACACAAAGAAGGAGACAUAACGUCCGCUUCGCUUCGCCUGCGUCUGUGUCAUUCAUUCGUUGACUCAGUCCGCCUGCCAAGGGCGGCAUGGUUGAGUGCCAGAUCGUUCGGGAGAAGGGAGGGCUCAACAAACUGUUCCCCAAGUACACCCUACAAACUGAGGUCCGAAGCACGUAUCGGGGGAGGAACACUCAGUCACAUGUCGUUGUUGUUGCUGUGUCUCUUUGUCUUCAGAAGGGGAUAUUUCUGAUGCGCUCGCAGAAAAGAAAACACAAUAAGGUCUGCAGGUCGAGUCGAAUGGAUGGCACGCAAUGAGCUGGUCUGGUCACGCCUCCCUCCCUCCCAUGAGUGUCUGCCUUGCGUGUGUGUGGUUCAGACGUCCAAUUACUGGGUCUGGAUGGGCUACGAGGACCCAACCAAGGACUCACCCAACUUCCUGGGAAAACUGAGGUGGGUAGGCUUGUGGCCCUCCCUCCAAUGUCAUUCAUGAUGGGUGGGUAUGUCUGUCUGGCGUCCCUUUGGCUUCUCCCUGCCUGCCUCCCCUCCCCACCUUCCAGGGCUAAUUUCAUUGGCUCCGAGUACACGCUCUUCGGCGACGGCGAUGGCUCGCCCUCCUCAAGAGUAACAAAACAGCCAGCCCACCACAUGGCUGGCACACUUGCACGCCCAGCUGUCUUGUUUCCCACUGUUGGUUGGGUGGAUUCACUGGUUCAGAGUGCGUCUUUUUCGUCAUCCCAGUCAGCGUCUGCCCGGACAGCGCUGAGUGGCGUGUCCGCCAGCAAUGUCCUGAGUGGGGGGACGGACCAGAACAUCCAGCAGCAGCUACAGCUACAGCAGCAGGAACAAGUCGCGGGAAUCACUUAUGUAGGCGUUGGUCUCUGGAUAGAAACGCUAAGCAGGGAUCGCAUCGCGGGGGAUUUCAUGUGUGUGUAUGUGUGUGUGUGUGUGAAUGCAACUGUGUAUGUGCAGACGAGCCACUUGUGGGGUCGUCGGCCGCGGGGGCCGCGGCAGAUGCAGGUCGUCAUCCCAAUGGUCAGUCAGUCAGGGGGGAGACAUCUAUCCAUCCAUUGGAACACAUUGACUGCGUUGACAAAGUCGACUGACUGACUGACACUCUGUUUGUCUGUGGGGCGUGCGUGUGCGCCUAUCUUUGGCGCCCACAUGCCCAUGUGUGUGUGCAGGUGCACACGAGCAACGAGCGGUGGGUCUGCCGACCCGCAAACCACGAGGAGGAAGGUGACUGAUGACACACAGACAGACAGAAGAUACAAACAUAGAACACAAGCAACCAAACCGUUUUCGCCUCUGUGUGUGUGUGUGUGUGUGCGUGUCUUCUGGAAGGGUUGUUGAGUUACCUGAAGGUGGGCGACACGACCCACGUGCUCACCUUCCAGAACAAACAGCCCAAGUGGAACGAACGUAUGCGCCUCUGGGCAGACAGACACACACACACACACACCCCGUGUGUGUGGGUGGACGCUGUGUGUGUGUGGAUAUCUGGGUGUGUGGGAACAGACAUCGGUGCGUUCGUAUUGAAUUUCAACAAGCGCGUGACCCAGGCGUCCGUCAAGAACUUCCAGCUUGUCGCCAACGACGACCGUAAGAGAGACACGCACACACUGUGACAGGCACCACUCGUGUGCUGCCUGCGCAUGUGGGUGGGCAUUGCGUUGUGCAGCGGACACGGUGUACUUGCAGUUCGGCCGCGUCGGCAAGGACACAUUCAACAUGGACUUCAGGCAAGGCAAACCAAUUGCACAUACCAAAGACACACAGGAGGGGAAGACCAACGCACCGUACGCUCCCCCCCCCC